UAAAAAAAUUUGUACUAUAUAUGUGAGCAUAAUUCACCAUACCCAUUUCACUCUUCUUCAUUAAUUUCUUGAGUUCUUAUUACUCUCUCACUCUCUCACUCUCUUACUCUCUCACUCAAACAAUUUUCUUCUUCUUUUUGUUUAGUUUUCUUCUUCUCAUUAAGAUCUUUUUGCUCCAUAACUCGGGUUAGUUUGUUUGAGUACUCUCUCUUUCUCUCUUAAAUUUAUUUUAUUAAAUUACUGAUAUGAAUCGAUGUGUUGUUUUGUUUACUUUAAGCUUUUUGAAUGUUAGAAAGGUUUGUUAAUGACUAUAUAAUUUUAUAUUUUUUUCUUGUUGUUGUUGUAGAUUUUUAAUGGUUUUCUUUUUUAUUUUUGACUAUGUUUUUAUUUUUACUGUAGAAAUGGUGUUUGUGGAUUUGAUUUCUCUAGAGGUGGUAUAGAAGAGACAUUUUCAAGUAGUAAUAUUAUUAAAGUUUUUACUUCAUUACGUGAAAACUAAUAAUUUCAGGAAAAAAACUACAUAUAUUUGUUAUUGCUCGACUUGUCUGUAGAUCUAUGUUUGUAUAAAUCAUAUGAAACUUUUUUGUUGUUGUUAUUGUUGUUUGUUUCUCUAAUUUAAUUACAUGUGUUUUAAUGUAAUUAAUCAAUUGUUAUAAUGUUGAAUUAAUUUGUUUUGUAGUUUUGGAGAGAAGAGAAGUUGUGUUUCUUUUCUUUUGUUUUGAUUCAAAUUUUUCAUCAACCCAAAAACACCAUGACCAACUCUCCAAACAAUCCUCCUACUCCUCCUCCUUCUCCUUCCACCACCACCACCACCACCACCGACACUAAGCUUGAACCCUCCUCUCCACUACUGUCGCUACCUCCGGCGACGGUGAAUACUCUCACAAACUUAUCAUCAUCAUCUUCAUCUGAUGAUUCUUCAACCAUUAAUCCAUCCACUGUGCCAAACCCUAAGUCUGAGCCUGAGCCUGAGCCUGAGCCUAAACCAAAACCACAAACCACCACCAUAGCCGCUGCCACCACUGUUGUGACUGCCCCUAUUGAAAAGAAAUAUGAUCCUUCAGAACUGUUAAGCCCACCAGGCUUCCCUCCGUUACCAUCUCAGCCUCAGCUUUCAACUCCUGCUAGGGUGGCUUCUUCUGUGAACCCAUCUAAUGUGUCUCUUGUCCCAAACAUUCGUCAUGUUCGGCCUAGUACUGGAAAAUUAGUACAAUUUGUACGCCGCCCAAAACUACCAAUAAUUUCGGUGGCUAAGACGGCUGCCUCCACCGCCACCACCGCUGCCAGCUCAGCACUUGUUGCUCCUGUUCCAAACACUCCUUCUUCUAUUCGGCCUGGACAAGUGGUUAGUAUAAGACGCCCACCACCACCACUACCACCGCCUUUUACCAGUCGAUCAACGCCAAGUACUGUGACUAGUACUACUCCUCUUCGUCUUAGUAGCCAACAAGCUGGAGGGGGCCUAACUACUAUUUCAUCAAUUGAGCCUGCUAGUGAUAAUAAUAAUAAUAAUCAACAACAAGGGCAAGGAGUAGUACCAACAACAACUUUGUCUAUGGCUUUUCCUCCUCCUCCUAAUCCUAAUCCUAAUCCUCCUUCAUUUCCUGUGAUUCAUACAAUUAGCGGUAGUGAAGCACGAGCUAUACUAUGCCCAAACAGACACAGAAGGUCGGGUUCUUUUGUUCCAAUUCUUAGUCGUGCUACUACUACUCAACCACUGAACCCUACUCCUAUAUCUUCACUACCACCAAUAAUAAAUGAUCAUCAUCACCAUCGCCAGAUUACUCCUCCUGCUCUUGUUCCUCAAUUUCCUCCAUUUACUAGAGGUGUGUUGAGUGGAUCGAUUCUUGUACCUGCAAGUUCUGCUGGAGCUAGUAGUGGUAGUGGUGGGGGCGAUAACAAGGGUAAGAAUGUAAUGGUGUCAGAUAAUGGUGAUGAAGAAAUAUUGAAGAUGAAUAAUAAUAAUAAAAAUAAAAGGAAGUUUGUUGAGAUUGAGGUCAAUGAAGAUGCUUUAAUGCCGGUUUGCAACAUUUGUGAGAAGGAUUUUCAAUCAUGGAGAUUACUAUUUGAACACAUGAGGUCACAUAAUACUGAAAGAGAUUGGCCUGGAUGUUUUCCUCCUCCUAUUAAUCUUCCCCAACAACUAAUUCCCCAAGGUGAAGAAGAAUUGGCAGCAACAGCAGGUAGUGAUGAGACUAAGUCAGAAAGUGGAUCAGGUAGGAAUGUUACAGGUUUUGAUCUUAAUUUGCCAGGAGGAUUAGCUGAGAUUCCAGAAGAAGAUGAAGAUGAUGAUGAUAUUAUUGAUGUAGUAGGAGGAGUUGAGGAAACUGGAUCCACCACGGGUUUUGAUCUAAACCAGUUGCCUCCUCCUGAUGAAUCUGAAUCUGAACCUGUAAUAUUUGUUCAUGUAAUUGAAUCUGAUGAUGAUGAAGGUGAUGAAGGUGAUGGUGAUGGUGAUGGUGAUAAUCAUGGUGGUGAUAAUAAUAAUGUACAAGCUGAAGAUGAUCCUGAUUUUAAUAUUGACAGUAGUCUUAGUAGUACUAGUACUAGUGAUUGUGAUGACUGUGAUUGUGAUGAAGACAGUAUUGAUGAAGAAGAUGAUGAUGAUGAUGAUGAUGAUGAUGAUGAUAUAUGAUUAUUAUCAUUAUACAAAAGAGAAUGCAUGAGAUAAUUAAGAGUGAGGGAGGGAGAGAAUAAUUAAUUAAAACUUUGAUGAUUAAUAAUUUCUGAUCUGUGUGUCUACUCUUUCUUUUAAUUAAUAAUAAAUAAUUG